ACAGUACACUGACGAGUGGUGUAUCUUGGCCCCGGCAAAGCUCUUUGACUCGGAAGCUUUCAGCUGUUUUCCAUUCUAAGGGAAGGAAGGACUACAAACCUCGUAGCGGCAAGCGGCGUGCAGUGUAGCGGCUAGCGUUGCGGUAGUGCGGUGUGCUGUGUCGUAUUGAUUUUGCUGCAGUUGUUAUCUCCCGAUUAGCGAAACUGUUUAUUGUUUAUUUUUGUGCUGCGUAAUCUCGUCAGCUGCGAACCGUGUGACGAAUUUGCUGACUGGUCAACUGGAGCAACGAACGCCGUAGUCUUCACGCCGACUUUUCAGUCUACACGUAGGCGACCCAGGAAGUGACGCUGUCUCCGCGAGCCCCCUGCCGCCGCCAUGAGGAACCACAGCGCUGGGACCGCUGUACCGGGCGGUGCUGUCUACAAGGAUGUCGUGGUUGUGGGUAACGGCCCGGCGGGCGUGAUGCUGUCCUACAUGCUGGCGGGCCACGCGCCCUACUACACGGGCCAGCCGCACCCCGCCGACGAGAUGCUGACGGCGCGGCUCAGGGCGACCCCCCGGGAGCGCUCCCUGCUGGAGCAGGACCUGCACUUCCUGUCGCAGGGGCUGGAAGGGCGGUCGCGCAGCCCCGUGUCGCUGCUGGCGGACAUGCUGGCGCACCCCUGCGCCGACCUGGGACUGGACCACCCCUCGCUGCUGGAGUGGCGGGCCGAGCCGCGCAUGCGCGCCGACCACGUGGUGCUGGGCAAGGGCCCGCCGGGCGGCGUCUGGCAGACCAUGGACGGCAACGUGCUGACCAUCAGCCUGGGCAGCUGGAUGGAGCUGCCGGACCUGCCGUUCAGGCGCUGGGAGGCGGGCCAGGCGGGGUGCGGGCAGCCCCCGCGCGACUCCCGGGUGCCCGCGCGCCUGGUCGCGCGCUACUACGCCGACUACGUGCGCGCCAAGAGGCUGGCGCGCUACUUCCGCGACGGGGCCGUCGUCACGGCAGUCACCCCGCUCGAGGCCCCGCUCGACACUACCUCCUGCUGCUGUAGCGGGCGGGAGCGACGCGCGCGCUGGAAGGUGGAGGGCCACGACGCGGCCAGCGGCCAGGCCUUCAGCUACGUGUGCCGCGCCGUGGUGCUGGCCACGGGCGGCCACGACCUGCCCAACCGCCUGCGCGCGCCGGGCGAGCUGGAGAACCCCUGGGUGCUGCACGACGUGUCGCGGCUCGAGCGCGCGCUGGACGCCGUGGCGGCCGAGCACGGCGUGGCCAGGGACGGCACGGCCAGGGAGGCUAGCUGCGACCCGGUGGUGAUCGUGGGCGCGGGCCUGAGCGCGGCGGACGCCGUGAUGGCCGCCCGGUUCCGGGGCCUGCCCGUGGUGCACGUGUUCCGCGGCACGGCCCCGCAGUUCAGCGGCCGGCAGCUGCCCGUCGACAUGUACCCCGAGUACCACAAGGUGCACCAGAUGAUGACGGACCGGGGCCGCUCCUACCCCCUGUACACGGCGCUGCCCGAGCACCAGGUGCUGGAGAUAGCGGGCGACAGGAAGGUGCUGCUGCAGGGGCCCGACGGCAAGACCUCGGCGUGCCGCGCCUCCGUGGUGGCGGUCCUGAUCGGCUCCCGCCCGGACCUGGGGUUCCUGCCCCCGGGCCUGGCGCUCGCCGUCGACCCCUCCCGGCCCCUCGACUGCCACCACAACCCGGCGCAGGUGGAUCCGUUUAGCUACGCGGCGGUCCGCGCGCCGCCGGGGCUGUACGUGUUGGGGCCGCUCGCGGGGGACAACUUCGUGCGGUUCAUCCUGGGCGGGGCCAUCGCGGCGGCCGGGGACAUCCUGCGGGACUGCGCCGCCCCGCUGUGACAUCCCGUUACUGUCCGACACCGUGUGGCACGUUUUGUCAAUAAAAAUUUCAGUUAUAUUGUUUUUUUGAGUACACUUCAAUUUUCGGAAAAAUGUUUUUUUUUUUAAUUUCCUGAAUAUAAAUGGCACAGUGUCUUUCCAAGCUGUUGGGCUUAAUCGGUCAUGGAACACAACGUAUGUUUGCAUUUUGAGUGUGUGUACAGUCAUUGUAACAUUUUAUGUUUUAAUUUGACGGGAAAAAAAAUUCCCUCUUCCCUUCACCCGUGCGUUUCAUGUUCGGUACAGCCAUUGUUUGCGGGUGCGGGGAUUGGAAUCGAAGGAAGCCUGCUGACCUGAUUGGCUGCUCCCGCUGAGCCGUACAGCUUCGCGAGCCGCUCGUCUGCGGUGGCCGUUGUUUCGUGAGGUUCGUACCGGGAACAACGUCGUUGCCAGCACAGCGAAUGCAAGCAGGCCGACAUUGCUAAUGCCGGUGAUCGUACAAGUAUUAAAUGCGUACUAGUGAGAAAAUCAUGCUUGGUGCAGGUAGUUUUAGCAUGUUACUUAAUCUCUGCACAUGUGAUACUUAAAAGUUGUAUUUGGUAAUUGGUGAAUACUAUUGUGAGGUGUAGUUUGUCGUAAAUAAAAUUUCAGUUUGGGGAAAAAAAUAAUGUUUUAGUUCCUGGUUUUAUGAUUUCAUUUAAAAUUUAAACAUAUUCUCAUCAUUAUAUUUUAUUUUAAUGAAAAUUAAUAUUUAUAUUUUUCUAUUUCCAGUUUUCAGUAUAAUUUUUUCAUUAAUAAAACCUAUUAUUUGGUGGCUGUUUUUCCAAGAAAUUUAGUGGAGUAAAAAUUCGUUUUACUGCAUUUUUUUUUCUUCUGUAGCUUUAUUUCAUCAAAUGAUACACUUCCUGGAUGAUUAAUAAUUAAUUUUACAGAUGUUUCUGUGGGUUAAUACAUGAUAUUACCAAAGUGAUAUUUAUUUUAGCCGUUGGGAACUAUUUUUUUACCUUUUAAUCAGGUUGACACUUGGUUUAUUGGGGUAAGUAGUAUUAAAAUUUUUAUUAAUUCUGCAUUCCAACUUAAAUAUAUCUAAGUCACUUGUUAAAUUUUAUUGAAUGAAAAUUUUCUUGCUGGGACAUUUAUAUUCGAAACAGAUCCAGAUUGAAUACAUACGUAAUGCGCACAGUAACCGGUUACAGUUCUUUAAUUUGUCCAAUUAUGUCUUUUCGAAACAAGGUUUCUGUCUGGAAAUGUGUGUGGUGACAUAAUAAUUCAAGACCUUCUUCAUGGAUUAUGUGUUUGUGUAUGUUAUAAUAUGUGUAUUUAAAAAUAUAUGUUUAGAAAAAUCUUUGGUAUUAUCAAUUAAUAGAUCAAUGUGUGGCCAUUAGGGGUUUUGCAAUUUUGGAGUGAGAGAUAAUUGAAAUAAUUUAUUACUUGCGUACUAUGUUCGGUCUAUUUUUGUAACUACAAAUGAGUGGUAGGUCAAAUUCCAAUUUUCUCGAAUCCGAAUCUCAAAUUCAAAUCCCAGAGAGUAGUAACUCAAAUAUACCCCUUCGAAUCUGAAGCUAGGUGUAAAGGGUCAAAAAUAAAAUAAUUUACAACAAAUUAUAAAUUAUGGUGUUGAAACAACCCUUUAAAUGUUUGCUUCACUAACUUACAUUCCAGAAUCAAUGCAUAAUGUAAUUUUAUUUUUAAAAUUGCAUGUUGAUAAUACAAUUAUUAAGACAUGACAGGACAGGUAUGAAGAAAAAUUUUACCUGGUAAACUUCAGAGGUUAGGAGUGUUAAAUUUUUAAUUCAUUUAAUUUCCUUUAAAAUUUUCCUUUGAAUAUAGAUUCUUCAAACACUAAGGAUUUGAUGGUAUUUGAGUAUUUGAUUGGUCCAGCCCUACCAAAAAUUAAAUUUUUGUUUAAAGUAAUGUUAAAAAUGUUUUGUUGACUGCAAUUAAACAGUUUAUUUUCUGUGUUAAGGCUAUUAAAUUUGUACUUUUUUAUAAUUUACUACACAAAAAUAUAUUUAAAUGUGUUGUAUCUAUAAGGGUUAUUUUCUGAAUUGACAGUUGGCAUAAUGUAAUUACACCCAUUUACAUACUGAUGAAAACAUUUUAUCUCAAAUAACAUUCAGGAAUUCUUUCCUUUGUGAUUGCUGACAUAGUAAAUAAUGGAUAAGUGGGAGUAGUUUCAUGUAGAAAAAUUGUAGCAUUAUUGCUGUGGUAGUAUUAAUAGUGUGCCUUAUGAUGUAAUUGUUAUACAGAAUUGCUGUGCACGUGUUGGCAAUUUUUUUUUCUACACGUUUAUACUGAUCAGAUUAUUUUGUAAGAACGUAGUGAUAUUAAAAAAAAAAUAUUUCAGUUAUCAA